UUGAUAUUGAAAUGGCUAUUCUUGCAUCACAGCAAAUGAAGGAUGUAUCACUAGUGUAUUCUCUCAAGGAAAUAUCUUCCAUUGAAGAUAGAAACCUUGUUGCUGGAUAUAUCUUUAUGUAUAAAGAUGAGCAUUCUAGAGCACAGGAGCUAUUCCUUGAAUCCUCUGAACCAACUGUUGCACUUGAUAUCCAGUGUGAUCUACUUCAUUGGGAUCAAGCCUUAGAGCUAGCCACAGCACUGGACCAUCUCGUAUUCCAAUGCUAAGUAGACAGUACGCUCAGCAGUUGGAGUCAAUGUAAGUACAUUGUAGCAAGAGUAUUCUUCAUUGAAUUAUACAUACUGUACAGUCACAUGUACAUGUAUUAUACAUGAAUACUAAUUAUAUGUAUUAAGAACAGGUCAUUCCUA